AAAUUUCUAACCCAUGACCACUAAGUAGAAUAUGUUAUUGUAUUAGUUGAAGAAUUUCUAAUCCACUUUGAUCAACUACAUAUACCCAUGGUGUAACUCCAGAGUGGAUAUGGACUUUCAUUGUAACAACAUCUUGAUUGAAUGAUGGCUGGAACAGAAUCCUCUAAGCCCAGUUACCAGAAGCAGGUGAGGCAACAGGGUUCAGUUCCAUUUCUUUGGGAAGAGAAGCCAGGCACACCAAAGAAAGAAUGGAAGAAUUCUCACUCCCAGGCUAUAGUAGUAAGCACAUCUUUACCUCCAGCAAAGCUUGUUGUUUCAGUUCCCUUCAAAUGGGAGGAAAAGCCAGGGAAACCACUGCCCUGUUUCUCCCAGCCAAAACCAGAUUCACCGUUUCUUACCCUUUCCCCAUUUAAGCUCACUGGCUUCCCAUACCUUUCCAUAUUCUCUUCAAGCACAUCUUCCUCGAGUACAACCUGUCACAAGUUGACCAAUGUAUUUCAGAGGGGAAAUGCUGGUGAUGAGGAUGAGGAAGGGGAAGAGGAAGGAGAAAUGUUUGAAUUUGAUUUUGACUCCCUAGGCUUUGACACAGAUGAGUCUAUUGCUGUUCCAGUGCAACAAUCUCCAGUGAAGGGAAGUAACGAAAUCCCAUCCUCACCGAUGUCCGAAACUGAUAGUGAUGCAAGUAGUUAUGCAACCGGCCGUUCAAGCCUUGUUGGAGCUUCUUUCUUGGAAUGCCUCUUUCCAUUGAUUUCAACAGAUUGUGAUCUUGAGGUUGGCUGUCAUGAAAAGAAUAACCAUCCAGAGCAGCAGACCAAAGAAUCCGGUGGUGAAAGCAAUUGCAACUUACUGGUAAGAAGACCACCAACGCUUGGAGAGUUGAUACUGAUGAGCCGAAAAAGAAGUUACAACUGGAAUGCCACUCAAACAAGGAAGGAGAGCCUAGCGUUGGGAUUCAUGAAGAAGAAAGCUUUUGGAUGCUGCUUCUUUGGAACCAGUGGAAGCAGGAUUGAUGACUCGUCCAGGGGGCGACAGAUGCAGAUGCAGAUGCAGAUGCGGAAACUAUUGUAGAAGAUCAUUCUUCUUUCUAGUUUUAUGGUCCAGCUGAAAUCAGUUAUUUGUAAUUUAUCUUCUGAAUCACCUUAUCAUUCAUCACUGGACCCUUCUGUACAAAAGGUCUUUUUAAGUUCUACAGUCAGUUACUUCUCCAAGCUCC